UUGGCAAACACGAGAGAGUAGAAGAAGACGAAGUGAACGAAACUCAAACACACCUGUUGGUGUUUACUGUGCAUAAACAAAUGCUACAGGAUUAUUAUUAUUCUCCGUUUCUUCGUGUUUAAUCAGUAUGCGUAUAGCGUGCACAAUACUGUCGACCUAACCGAGAGUUUAUUUUUAGCUGUGAAUUAGCGGCACUUUACGUGAGCUUGGAUAGCGAGGCUAGCUAUGAGUGCUAGCCGUGUUUUAGCUUCGACAAACGGCAGAAACAGAGUUUCAGUCAGCCGUAGCAGGGAGCAUCGAGCUUCCAGAGCUAACACGGUGCUGGCUGAGAGGAACCCGGCGGUGGUGGCGGUGGGAGCCUGGGUGGAGGACGGACAAGACUUCCUGGAGCACCCGUCUGCUCAGGCUUUGUUAACGGAGGAGCUCCAGGCAGAAAGGAGGAGGGAGAAUGAAGAGAGCCUUCGACGAUUUCAAGAUGAAGUGCGCCACCGUGUGGCACGGCAAGCCCAGGUCUUCAAGAAGAGACAGCAGCUUCACACAGAACCAGUGGUCCAGGUGAAAACUGAGAGGGGAAAGCCACAACAACAGCAUCGAGUCUGGACCCAGCAUGUGCCUGCUUGUGAGAAGGUCAUGUCUGAGGGAGAUGCCGCACCACAUAGGGUGAUUGAGGGGAGCUCUCAGGAGUCUAGUGAAGGCAUGAGGCAGAUCAGACUCAGGCUGGCUGCCUGUCGGAUGAUCCCGCAUGGGGAAAUGACGUCAGAUCUUCCUGGAGGCAAAUGGAAUAUCUCUCCAAACAGACAUAAAGCUGAUUCUCAUGUGCUGAGAGCAGAGCAGGAAGUGGAAGAAGAAGAGGAGGAUGUUCAGGGAGAGGAGGAAGAAGAAGAAGGAGUUGAUCACUUCUUCACCAGUCAACAUGAAUGUCCCCUGGUUCAGCAGAAGGUGAGUGGACGUGUGCUGUGGGAUACUGACAAAUCACAGCCUGAUCCUGGUUUCAAGUCCAACCCCAGAGUCCCACAGGUGCUGUGGCCUCUGGCCAACCAAGACGAACAGAAAAGACAGCGUCAGUCUCAGUUCCUGAUGCACCGCCGUCAGUUCAUGAACAUUGAGAGGGAGCAAGUGAAGGAGAACAAGCAGCACAGGAAACACCUGAAGAGAACGGCAAGGAUUAAAGCAGAGAAAGAACAGAUUCGUCUGGAGGAAGAGAGAAAGUUGGAGAGAGUUCGGCAGCUCGCAGAGGCCAGACAGAAGCUGGAGGAGAGAGAGCUGCUGAUUGUGGAACGACUGAAGCUCGAGGAGGAGGAGAGAGCUGUGGAGCUGCAGAGGAGAAAAAAGGAGGAGAAAGGGAAAGUAGCUGCAAGGUUCAUCGAGGCUCUGAGAGCUCAGAUGAAAGAGCGACUGUCUCAGGAGAAACUGGAGCUCCCUCCUCUCUGCUGCUGUGCAUCUUCUUUCUGGGAAUCCCACCCCAGCACCUGUGCUAACAACUGUGUCUUCUACAAUAAUCCCAAAGCUUAUGCCCAGGCUUUACAUUCAACAAUGCUGAGUUUGGAUUUACGGUAAAAGAAGCUGGUGAACUGCUGUGGAAAUUGAAUAAAAGGAACAGGCUCCUUCCUGUCUGUUUAAAGGAACAGUCCAACAUUUUAGAAAAUACAGUGUAAGUAAUGAAACCCAGAGUCAAAUGAGAAGAUGGAUAUCAGUAUUGGAGAUCAGUAUGAUCUCUGUCUGUCCUGUACUGAGAUGCCUCAAGACUGCAAUACGAAAAAAAACAAAUAUUAGAUGGAUGGCCAUGAAAUUUUUAAGAGGACAUUGCUGUUUUCCACGAAUUGAAUCCAAAUGAACUUUGUGUUUAGCUAUGAUUAGCAAACAUUGAUAUGAUAGCUCACUAAACUAAGAUGGAUAACAUGAACAUGUUAGUAUGUUGAUGUUAAAGACUUGGCUGUAGACUCUUGGUCUUGUUCUGCUGUUAGUAAAGAAUAGGCCUUUUCUCAUAGUAUAUGGCUUUGUUUAUUGAACAUAUUUUAAAUUUUAUAAACCUCACAGGAGUUUUCUUUUAGUAUAUUUAUUGAUAAUUAAGGGACUUAACGUAAGUUUACAUGAUUUGUAAGUAUCAGGGAAAUCUACGUUUAAAUUUGAGAAUGUGUAUUUUAGGAUUUGCUGCUUAGUUUGCAGAAUUUACAAGAUAUGUCAUUGGAUAUGUUAAUUUAAAAAAUAAAUAAACUCAACUCUGUUAUCUUUUUAAUUAAAAUAACUC